UUUUGUAAACCUUUUUCAGGAGGUUGGAGCCAUUGAUGAUGUGACCAUUCAACCAGGGAGAAGAGUUCCAUAUAAAUCUGAAAGGUCCCUUGAAGACACAACUCUCAGGGCUCCUCCCACUGAGAUUACCCCAAAUCUGGAUUCAUUGAGCAGCCCAACAACUAACAGGGUGAAGGACAAACAAACAACUGAGAUAAAGGGCCUACAUCAAGGCAGAGAUAUUGGACCACUGUCUCUUCCUCUGAAUGGAAAUAAUGAUCUUCCUAAAUUACACUCUGACACAUUAGAGACAAUGAAGGAACCGAGGCCCACAGAAGGAAGUAGUAUAGCAAAAAAUCCUUCUCUUCACACACAUGAAUCUGCUAUGCACCAGAAGCAGGAUCCUCAACCAGUUGUUACAGCAAAAGAGGGCUCCAGGAAAAGUGACUCAUCUGUCGUGGAAAGUGUUGAUACAGCUUUUUCAAGCCUGAAUGUUCAAACUGAGAACCUGACAGCUGCAGGUGUCUCUUCAGGAGGAGCAGACAGGGAUAACAAAACUACAAGCACAGGGAGAUUGUUCUCCCAUGGGCCACAAGACUCUGAGUUUUCUUCUAAUACAGCUCCUAUUUCAGGUUCCAGAAAAAAAGAAGAGCAUGUAUCCCAAAACAAAGAAUCAAUCAAGGACUUUGCUGAAACUCAGAAAAGUCCAGCCCAAAACCUCACUGGUGAAGCACAAGCAACUACCAGUGACUUGGAAAGUAAGACUGCUUUUCUUUCAGCCAGUGAGAUAACAGAAAAUGAGGAAAUAGAAGACAGAUUGGAAACAGUUUCACCCAAAACAGAAACAUCAACACAACAUGGUGUUCUCAUUGUAGAGAAUGGGAGUGGGACACAGACAGAUGAAGAUAGAAUAGAUUUAGGUGAAGAUGGAGCAGUGGAAGAAAAUGAACAUGACAAUGAAACUGAUGUCUCAGUAGAUUAUUAUCUGUCCUCACCUGACUGGACCUCCAAGUUUAGCACUGAAGAAUCCUCCAUCCAAUCAGAGAGUGAGUCCGCACAGAAAGCUGUACAAGUGGCCAAUCAGCCGCCUUCAUACACAGACCAACAUCAGGGGACAAGCUUCAGACCUGGGAUCAGGGGUCAAAGGGGACUGCAGGGUCCACCUGGGCCUUCAGGACCACUAGGACCUAAAGGAGACAAAGGUUAUCAAGGUGUUAUGGGAAGGACUGGGCAGACAGGAUAUAGCGGCCCCAUUGGUCCUCCUGGGAUGCCUGCCAUUGUCGUAUUUAAAACCUCUGAAGAAGAGUGGGAGGCUUUCAAAAAAAAGAAGAUCUAUAAAAAACUGGUUUCUUCCUGGCCGAAACGUAAGGGACGACCUGGGCCUCCUGGACCCCUGGGAGAUGACGGACCAAUUGGUAUACCUGGAAUUACUGGGAAGCAAGGACGAAGAGGUGUUCAAGGGAAAAUUGGCAGUCCUGGACCUCAGGGUUUGCCAGGUCCCCAGGGCAGACAAGGAGCAAAUGGGACCCCAGGAGUCGACCCUAAUCCAGGCCCACCAGGCUUUCCAGGAGAACAGGGUCCCAAAGGCUACAGAGGAGAGAAAGGCAGCAAGGGGGAGCUGGGUGAGUGGGGUUAUCAAGGGGAGCCUGGACCUCAGGGAAACAGAGGGCAAAAAGGAGACAAGGGAAAUAAAGGAGUUUCUGGAGUCGUUGGUGUCCCUGCCUAUACUGGGCUGCCUGGAGCCAGGGGUCCCUCUGGUUUUCCAGGACCACCAGGAUCUCUGGGAGAGAUUGGAGCUCUGGGGUUUGGUGGACCACCAGGAAAACCUGGAAAAAUGGGGCCCAUUGGAUUAAAAGGUGUUGUAGGAGUUAAAGGACCCCCGGGUCAUCAAGGUGAACUGGGAGCAAGAGGAGCAGCUGGACCACAGGGAGAGCCUGGACCUGAUGGAGUGGUUGGUUUUCCUGGGGUCCAUGGCCCUCAGGGAAAACCAGGGCCAGGUGGCUGUGCAGGUCCUAAAGGUGACAUUGGUGCUCCAGGAGAUGAAGGGGAUAUAGGAGAACCUGGUCCGCCUGGACUUUAUGGAGCCAAUGGGAAUCCAGGAAAGCCUGGACCCUCAGGUGACCCAGGAGUAAAAGCGAAGCGAGGUGAGAGGGGUGAUACAGGGUUUAAAGGAGACCUGGGACCGACAGGGCCUCCAGGUAAACAAGGAUUAAAGGGCCGUCAAGGACCUUCAGGACUUGAGGGACACGGAGGACCAACAGGGCCACCAGGACCUGUUGGAUCAAGUGGGCUUGAUGGCAUCAUGGGGGAGCAAGGGAAGCAGGGAAAAGAGGGACUAAAGGGCGACAGAGGACCAGACGGUGUUCAAGGAGUUCCCGGGCCUCGAGGCGACAAGGGUCGCGAAGGUCGAGCAGGAUUUUCCGGAUUCCCAGGUCCAAUUGGAGAGAUGGGGAUAUCUGGAAAGAGAGGACAUGAAGGAGAACCUGGUAUUAAGGGAACACCUGGAGUUCUUGGAGACAGUGGAUCUAAAGGCCUGAAGGGAUUUCAAGGAGCUGUAGGUAACAGGGGACAGGAUGGACCUCUCGGACAGCUGGGACUCAUUGGGGGAAAUGGAUUGGAUGGAGACACUGGACCUUCAGGACCAAAGGGCUUACCUGGGAAAACAGGGGCUCCUGGCAUCCAAGGACCAGUAGGAAAUAGUGGAGAGGCUGGCAGUAGAGGAAUCAAGGGGACAUCAGGAAAGCCAGGGCAGAGAGGGAUUAAGGGCCAAAACAGCCCCAGGGGACAUCCAGGAAGUGAAGGUCUAAAGGGUAAGAGAGGUGAGGAGGGACCAAUGGGAAAACAAGGGCGCCCAGGUGAGACGGGCAUACCUGGACCACAGGGAUACAGAGGAACUACUGGUAUCCAGGGUAACAUUGGACCAUGGGGUGAGGUUGGGCCCCGUGGCCUUCCAGGUGACCAGGGGCCGCAGGGUCCAAUUGGCCCCCUUGGAGUUGCAGGUUAUCCAGGUAAAGAUGGACCUCAAGGAGUGACUGGAUCAGCUGGUGUCAAAGGAGAUAAGGGAUUCAGAGGAAUUUUGGGUCAGCAGGGAGUUCCUGGUCUCGAUGGUGAGGAGGGUCCAGUCGGACUGAGGGGACCGGUUGGCCCAGCUGGACUUAAAGGCAAAUCUGGGGACCAGGGGAACUCUGGUCUUCCUGGACAUAGAGGGCCAAAGGGAGCUGAAGGCAACCAAGGCAUCCUGGGGCCACAGGGAACCAAGGGGCCACCAGGGAAACAGGGGUCCAGGGGUUCACCAGGAGACAGAGGCAAAUUUGGGGUACCUGGAAUAAAGGGUGAGCCAGGCCUCAGAGGUUCAACGGGCAAAACUGGACAGUUUGGACCAGGGGGGGACACUGGGGCAGCAGGGACCAAAGGCCAGAAGGGGCUUCAAGGACAAACUGGCCCCCCUGGCAGUAUGGGUCCUCCUGGACAAAUUGGACCAUCAACACCAGGUUUUCCAGGCGAGAGAGGUGUCGAGGGUAAAACUGGAACCUCUGGAUCAAAGGGCAGUCGUGGUGGGAAGGGAAAGUUUGGACUUCCUGGCAUCAAAGGAGAAAUGGCAGUUAGAGGUCAAAUGGGUGCAAAAGGAGAGCCUGGGGCAGGAGGAACAAUGGGCGCAGUGGGAAAGGUGGGCUCCAUUGGUCUCCCAGGUGCUAAAGGUCCAACUGGACCUACUGGUCCACCUGGUCUACCAGGAAUCAAAGGAAGCCCGGGGUUAAAGGGAAAACUCCAGCAUGGGAGGAAAGGAAACAAAGGAGCUCCUGGAAAAACUGGAACUGACGGCCUGCCGGGUAAACCAGGGCGUGCCGGAAGACCUGGAAAACCUGGCCUAAGUGGAUUGGAUGGGUUGCUAGGUGUUGAGGGUAAUGAAGGAGAUCCGGGGAACAUUGGUUUCAGAGGAGCUCCUGGAACACCAGGAAGGCCUGGAGAAACUGGGAAACCUGGAUCUCCUGGGAUCAGAGGAAACAUUGGAUCACCAGGCUUCAAGGGCAAAGCUGGACCAAAAGGAAAACAAGGCCCCCCUGGACCAAUGGGGCCAAAGGGUAUCCCUGGACUGAGAGGGGAGAGAGGCCGGUCUGGAACAUCUGGUUCAAAGGGUCUCCCAGGUGACAAAGGGAUUCUGGGACCAAUCGGGCCACCUGGGCUUAAGGGGAAUCCUGGUUUACAGGGACUUAAAGGUCAAAGAGGUCCUGGAGGAAAGCAGGGGGAUACUGGUCCUUCUGGUCCACCUGGGCAGAAAGGCUUGUUUGGACUCAUUGGCCAGUCUGGAAAGAAGGGAAUGAAAGGCGUCCAAGGCAGAAGAGGACAAAAGGGAGUGGAGGGCAAGCGUGGACCUCCAGGGAAACCUGGUGCACCAGGUGAACGCAUGCCUUCACAGAGACUGAAAUCAAAACAAAAGCCAAAACAAGGUCAAAGAAAUGAGAAAAGACCUCAAACAAGAUCCAGUCCAAAACCGGGACAAAGAAAUGUGACGAGACCCAGACGAACACCCAGCCAGGAGCAAAGCGAAGGACAACAACAAAGAACAAGGAGAUGGUCUGAAGGAUACGAGGGUGGGGAGUCCUUCAGCUGGCCUCAGGGUACCAAAGACGAUCCUGCAACCACCUGCCACGAGCUUGGACUCAUACACCCACAUCUAAGUGAUGGUUACUAUUACAUGGAUCCAAACCAAGGCUGUCCCUACGAUGCUGUAAAGGUUUUCUGUAACUUCACAGCUGGAGGAACGACCUGCAUCGACCCUUCAAAGUCACAGAUUAAAUUCAGUUGGGAACCAGAAAGGAAGUCAUCGGAAACAUCUGUCCAGUGGUUUAGUCAGCAACAUGGUGGAACCAGGUUAGAGUACGCUGGCUUGAGUGUUGUCCAGCUGAGGUUUCUACGGUUACACAGCCAAAAAUCUUCCCAGCGCAUGACCAUCAGCUGUACAGGAAACCCCGCUGAGUCUGUCGUGAGUGACUUAUCCAAGAGGAAUGUUCGCUUUCUGGGGGACUCUGGCAAAGAAAUUAUAUCACCUCUUAUCACAGUGUCGAGGAACAACUGUGAGUGGGAGGUGGUUGUGAUGGUUCAGGGGAACACUGAGGUACAUCGCGGCCAUAUGGAGUUACUUCCUGUCAGAGAUCUGGGUGUUGACAUGAAUUCACCAUCUCCUCAUAUCCCUGAGAUCACCAUUAUCCUGGGUCCCCUUUGCUUCUUGUGACCCAUGAGGAGUAUGUGUGUGUUUUUUGGUCUGUGUGUCUGAAAUUCUGUAAAUAUCUUUUUCAUAUGGAAAGUUCGGAUGGCCCAUAUG